GAAAGACCCACUGCUGCAAAUUUGUCUUCCCGCUGACAUGGCUCAGAGACAUGGUCCGGAUGCGCAAUCAAUUGUCCAGUCUUGGUUGCGAGUAUCCGAUUCGCGACUAUACGUUUGAGCCGAAGCAGAAUAGUCAGCCAAACCAUGGCCCGACGCCGCUUCGACGAGGUGCCGUGGCGGACAACAGUUCUUCUUCGCGCAAGCGCAAGCUUUCACCACCUGAUGCCGACGAUGAAAACAGACACGAACAUGCAGCUCGCAUAUCUCGUCGGGCCAGUAAAGACCUGAUGCCACCACCAAAUCAUCGAGCUUCAGAAGCGUUCAAUGGGCCAGCUGCAGGACCCACGUUGCUGUCUUCCGAGAGCGCUAAGCCUAUGAGACCUCGUCUUGAGAGAUACCACGAUGUUCAUCAGCCUGCCUCUAACAAUUCUUCUCGCAACUUGGCAAAUUUUCCGAUGAAACGCGCCGAGGUUGAGCGCGUCCCGACGAACUCGCUGCAUCAACCUCAAGCAAGUAGCUCAUACACUCUUGGCAGGACGGCUGGUGCUGCAUCAAACGAAUCAGCUCGAAUGCUAGGAUUCCCUCGUCGCAAUGGUGGCUGUGCAAUUGGCGGUGAGAUCUACCCAGUGCCUCCAAAUUUGAGAGCCUUUGAGCGGUCGGGUCGCGAUGCAGUCGAUGAACGUCAUUUCGAUCCAGCACGACCUCGGCGACGAAAUGAGGUCGAGAGCAGCCAUCACAGCUCGUAUCAUGGGGAAACACCUCAGCCACGUCUCAUUUCCCGUCAUUGGCCUUCAACUCGUGACAUAGCUCCGCCCAUGCCGAACCUCAACCGUUCUGGUGGUCCACCACGCUCAUCGCCAUUCUUUACUCAUUCUAGUAUUGCACAUGCAAUGCAGCAACCACGAUCGUUCCACAACGGAGCGAACCAAACACCACGAUGGGUGCAGCCGAAUGUGAUAGAUUUGACCCGGGAGCAUAGCUACUCGAGGGGGAUGCAGGAUGUCCGGAACGACUCUGCGGGAUAUACAAAUCAUCAUGGCCGCGGUCCAGCUUAUCAUGAGUCGACAAAUUCCGGGCCGGCCUCCGAAAAUGAACCAGCAUGGUUAAUGUCCGACGCUGUGUCAGAGCGUUUCAACCACGACCCGGCAUUGUACAUUUCACGCGGAACCAGUUCACGAAGGCGUGCAUAUCUUUCAGACCAACAGACAUUGCAGAAUCGCCGGCCGGGACGGAUUUCUCUGCCGCCACCAAAGGCACAUACCCUUCGACGCAGCGAUAGCGUUCUGCUGUCACAGCUGCCCGGAGUGCGUGGCAUACAUUCGUCUCGAAGACAAGCUGCACGGCGAUUUGAUCCUCGACAAGCUGCUAGUGAUUACAAUCAUAACAAUUACUUCGCCUAUCCGACAAUGGGAAACAGCCUAUUCUCUGCAACGCCGGGUAGGAGAAGCGCGCGACGACCAGUAGCGCCGCCGUAGAGAUUUGGGCAGCUCCGCGAAUGGAUGAUUAUUAUGCGCGGAAACGAGAAAGGCAAGCUUACGGCGGAUUCUCUUUCUACCACCAACUUCUCUCGGGGAACACGCGUGAUGUAUUCGGAGGGUUGUGGUCAUGAAAGAACAGACUGCCAAAGCGAUCACCAAGUUACUCCGGGACACGGAGGCGGCUGCGGGCUUUUUCCCCGUCACAAGUCCCCGAGGAGUUUUGCCCCACGGCCCAGCUGCCGUUGAAACCUUUUCUGCGGCUGAUGCGAAGAAUUCAUAGCUCUCGACAGUACUGUACCUCACAAUAAUAAAUCGCCGCAU